UUUUCCCAAGCCAACUAACUUUGAAGAUUUCGAAAAAUCUUUUGUCAAAACCUAAAAUGUCUGUCUGUUUUUUUCUUAUUUUAUUUCAUUGUAUCUUAAAGAUUUGUCCCAUGGUUUUCAUGGUUAUUCAAAAAUGCUAAYAGAAUCAUGUGUCAGCCAUCAAUGUCGGCCAGAUAAUUGGAAAUCGCACAUUUUUAUGGUAAUGUACACGAAAACGGUGAUCGUUUUGUAUUCAAAAAUAUACGGACUGGUCAUUGUUUUCGGUGGUUUCGCGUAAYUGUAGGCCUAUUAACGCAUGAAAACAUCCGUAUUUGUGUUUGUAUUUUCUACGAUCAUCGUCUUCAAAAUGUGUAGUUCGUGCAUCCAUUUUGAAAAUGUUUUCGGAAAUAUGGUCAUCAUUUUCGGCGGUUUUGUGUCAACGAUGGUGCGUUUGAAAAUACACAGGUAGGUAUAUACGCUGAAUAAAAAAGUCAACCAGUACUUUUAUUAUUUAUUAGUUGUUUUGGAAAAAAGUUAUUCAGCUUGUAUUUUUUAUCGUCAUCUGUGCAUUUUUCAGGAUGUUURACAUAUUUCAGGUGCAACGGUGUUUCACAGUGKCGCUAGURCUAAUCCUGAAGGCAACAWAGAUGCUUGUCCUUUUGUAUUCUUUGACUAUCAAUUGUUUUCACAAAUAUCUUGGGACAAUGAAGUAGAACCGGCUUGCAAUUCUUUGGAAUUUGUCAUUCGGCAAUUAAAUUCCCGCUCCUGCCGUGAAAUCGUGAUUUGUCACCCAAUCGCAUAUAAAAUGAGGAGUUUGGAAGCUCUCUUUCACUUGCAUUUUGCAAUCAGAGCGUCGAGUCAGUGCGUCAACACAGGUAAGAUUUUAACCUUGUAUUCAGGUUAGUUGCAGUAUAGUUUUUAAAUCUGCUUACUUGUGUUGACUUCUUUACUUUGAGUUUUUAAUAAUAUCAAAAUUAAGAUUUCUCGCCAAAGAAACACUCCAGGCGAAAACGGAAAUUUCAGAUUGGAGUAUGUUCAUUUCAAAAUUAGUUAUUUAGGCGAACUUUAACGUGAAACUUUACUCGUACAUAAUUUAAGUUUCAGUUGUAUUUGUAUAUUUUCUUUGCAAGAAUAUCUUUAUAAUAAUUUGCGGUGUAAUACAAUUGUAUUAUCUGCAAAGGAGGCACAAUUUUUAUUCGACAAGUUUAACGAAGUUUCUCUCAACUGUGAACUAACUUUUUGUGUAUAUUUCAGUGUCCCUGUAUUGCAUUUCCUUGACAAAAUAUGAAGACUGUUGUGKUUAUUCUUCUUGUUUUAAGCUUCGCCUCUAUAGGUGAGACCAUGUUAUUCGGUCAGGGCGUGUUCCUSGUUUCUUCGCCAAGCGACUUCCUGUGUAAGGCGUUUUCGUUCAGCAAUCCCUUUGCCUCCAAACCACGUGUUCAACUUGCCCUGUUUAUGAACGAGACCUCUUUUACCUAUGAAGCUGCGGUGAACUGGGUCGAGAAAGUCAGUACUUCCGGUUUUACUGCUUGUGUGACUGCCUCUGGUCCUAUAUCCGGUAACAGAACGAUCAUUCUUCAAUGGCUGGCCUAUACAUCGGUCCCUAAUGGAUUAUUCAGUGAGAAAGUCUUGAACGUUUGGACAACCGGAAGCAAGUGCGUUGAGAUUGAUUUCUUUGCGAUAGCAGGAAAGACGUUUGCAAAAGUACCCUACGUAUAUGUAACUGCUAUCCACGCACAAGUCCGACAGAAACGCGAUGCAAUGAGUGUCUGGGCUGAACAAGUUACCAAGUCAGGCUUUAAGAUAUGCCUCAGAGAACUGAAGAACUUUGAUGGAAUUCACAAAUCUAUCACUGUUGACUGGCUUGCUAUGGAAAACGCACCUAGUGGUUGGACUGUUGGCACAGAAGGUGCAAUUCAACUUCCAAACACAGAACCCUUGACAGCACAGACCCAUUAUAGCUUCUGUAAGGUUGUUUCAUUUCCAGAAGAGUUCUACAGCGCGCCUGUCAUGAUAACCACUGCACGCCAUUUUCAAGACGUAAACAACAAAAAGUCCAUCGCGCCUCAGGACAACGCAAUCACGGAAUGGGUCGAGCAAGUUUCAACGACUCAAUUUACUGUGUGCAUGAAAGACAUUCAGCCGUAUAGUGGACACCAUGACCCUGUAACCAUCGAUUACAUGGCGAUUGGAUAUUUGGACCCAUGUCUAAAUGUUAAGUGUACUCACUACGCAACAUGCGUGGCCUAUGGACCCCUGGACGCUAGAUGUGAAUGCCCAAAAAAAUGUCCACCUUUUGAGGACUUGCAGUGUGGAAGUGACGGCAAAACCUACACCAACAUGUGCCUUUACAAAAAAUACGUUUGUGAGACAAAGAAGAAUGUUACCAUCGUUCACCCAGGAGCUUGCUACCCAUUUAUUCUUCAUCACGGACGCAUUACUCUGGAUCUGAGCAAAACAGAAGUCCAAUGCCAUCUUGUCGUCUACAAAACUCAGAACUUUAUGGCUGGCAGAACAGUCCACGUUCAGCUCUCCGUAAACUAUUACAGCUCGGUGUAUACCAACUUUGUCCACGACGCCGCCGUAGCCUGGGCCGAGAAGAUCAGCGCCAAUAAUUUCACGAUAUGCGCGCUUAAAGCAGGCAGGAACGAUAGGUCCACCCCUGACGAUGGAGCCACUUUUGUAGACUAUAUGGCGUACCAAGGAGCUCCUGCUGGUGCUGUGGCUGGCGAGAUAACUCUUGAGAGAUGGUGGGAAGGAACGACAUGUAAAACCAUCUCUCUACCUACGGAUAAGUUUAAUCUCGCCCCUAACGCUCUAGUCUCUUCGGAACACAUGGUCGUUGGAAAGUCUCAUGACGCAGCAACGAUUUGGGUUGAAGACACUACAUCGAAAGACUUUAAAGUUUGCCUCCGUGAAAUGCAGAACUUCGAUGGACUACACGAGAAAGUUCAUGUAAACUGGAUUGCUUAUAACACGUUGCCUGCCGAGAUGAAUGCCGAGAAAAUCAGCUUAUCAUUCCCCAAUGCCCAACUACCUUCUAUAAAUGACAAUUUCGCGUACUGUCAGAAUGCUGUUCUAAACGGCAACUACACUACAAUACCGACAGUGAUAGCCACAGCAACACAUGCUUCGGCAGUAGGAAAACUUCUGCCUGUGUACAACAGCAUAUCGGUCUGGAUGGAGCAAAUCACCUUGAAGAGUUUCCGUGUAUGUUUGAAGGAGCUGCACGCACCCAAUGGCUAUGACCCAGUUGAUGUGACUGUCCUUGCAAUAGGUUCCUGAUCAAGAUCACGACGAGAAAACAUGAUUUUACCAAAAACUAUGGACAUAUAGACAGAGUAUAUUUAUGAAGAAAAAAGAGAAAAUUAUUUAUUGAAGAUAUAGACUUGACCUAUGUUUAAUAAAAUAUAUUUGUGCAAGAAAGA